CGCUGCUGUUGUUGUACGACGAAGAACAAUAAUAUAAUAAUAAAUAAUAAUAAUAAUAAUUAAUAAAUAUUAAAUAUCAUAAUACGAAUACUACAAUAAUACUGCCUACUUAAAUCAAUUUAUUGUUUGCGCCUUCUUAUUUUUGCCUUUAAUUGUCGGUGGCUUUUGGACUUUGGUGCCGUACCGUUCUCGUCAAAAACGCAGCGAUCGACAAGAUUUUCUUAUAAUAAUAUUUAUCACAAUAGAUCUCAGGUGUACGCCAUCACAAAUGUCAUGGCUGUAUUCGACGACAUACAGCGGUAUGAUGAAGAGAUUGCAUGCACAUCUAUGGAUGAAGCAUACCUAAUGCAUGUUCAAGAGCCAGUACUCAUCAGAGGAAUUGGCAAUCUCACUGUUUUUGGACUGAGUAGCAGAUUUCAAUCAGAAUUUCCAAGUGCUCUUGUAUCACGUGUGGCUCCAGAAGAAUUUGAAGAAACAAUGGCGCGAAUUAAUUCUGUUUUAAAGAAAAGUUUACCAAUGAAUGCUAAAUGGUUAUUUUGUGGAUGUAUGUGUUGCUGCUGUACUCUUGGUUGUUCUCUUUGGCCUGUUAUUUGCCUCAGCAAAAGGACUCAGCAUAGUUUGAAUAAAUUACUCGAUUGGGAAAAUAAUCAUCUUUACAAUAAAAUUGGUUUGCAUUGGAGAUUAAAUAAACAAAGAGUAGAUACUUCAUCUAUUACAGAAUAUGUACUUUUGGUGGAAUUUAUUCCAAAAAUUCCAAUCUAUAAACCAGAUUAGGUAAAAUAUAACACAAAUAUUUGUAUUUUGUUUUUUCUAUCAGUUUAAAGAUAGGAUAUUGGUUAGUUAUAAAUUUGCAUGGCAAAAAAAAUUAAACCAAAUAUCUUUUUACCAGAUAAUAUUUAGAAUUUGUAAUGAUUUUUAUAAAUUAUUGUUUUUGGACUUAUUUAUCAGUCAUCCAAACUUGCUCAAUAUU